GGAUUUCAAAUGAAUGAUACGUGUAUCAAGGCACAGUAUAACUAUCAGACUGCGCUCUCUUGCUCCAUCAUGUUGAUGUUCGAUCCGGUCUACACAUUGCAGGAGACUCUUGGUCUUCGUGCUCUACGCUUGUCUGACAAGUUUUUGAAAUUAUACUCAAUGCAAUCGUUCAAAAAGGAAAGUAUUACGGAGCAGAAUUUUGGUUUUACGGAGAUUUAUGAAGAGUUGCCAAUUAAGAUUACAAAUUCAGUCCUUGUUCGCGCCAUGCUGAUAGAAUUUGAUAUCAAACGUUACUUCCCUCUCACGUUUUCAUCACUCAUGAUUCCAGACAGCUCACAACUCGAAAAUGAUUUGAGCUCUAUUGUAGAUGGCAUAGGCGGACUCCAAUUCGAGCAAUACAAGUAUCUAAUGGCUCAGCGGCUGGCCGCAAGGCAACUUGCCAACCAGCAAAUGUUUCUCACAAAGAGGAAAGCUGAAAACACUCAGCGCCGAAACAUGGACCAGCCUCUAUUACCAGAGACCAAUGCAGAACUGGAACUUGAGGCGCCCUCUAUUUUUAAAGCCACUCUAGAACCCUCCAAAUUCGAUUUACUUUUGAUUCAGAACCAAAUUAACAAUUGUUGCGAGCAGAUUGCUAAUUCGGAAACUAAAAACUUGACAAAGGCGUUCAUGAUCAAGGCAUCUAAAGAACAGGCAGAAGCUAAGCCUUGAAUUAAGAAUUUUCUGUAAACUAAUAAUA